AGAACAAAAAAAAACCUUCAGAUUUGGAAAGGUUAGAAACAGUUGUUGUCAUUUUGUCAGUCACAAUUGAUAAAUUUAAAUAAAUUUAUUGUUAUCACAAUAUUACUAAUAAUUUACCUUUAUAGAUUUUUUUAUGAUAAACUGCUGGUAAAAAAUAAUUUUUAAAAAAUGGCACACUACAAAGGAGCAGCCAGUGAAGCUGGAAGAGCAAUGCAGCUGAUGAAGAAACGUGAGAUAGCUCAACAAGAGAUUGAAUUACGUAAGAAAAAAAUCGAAGAUGAUUUAAAAAUUCAUAAUAUUGAAAAUAAAUUUGCUACUCACUACAAUGCUGUUGAGCAGCAACUCAAAACAUCAACAAUUGGUUUGGUUACACUCAAUGAGAUGAAAGCUAAGCAGGAAAAUAUUGUACGUGAGCGUGAAAGAAAAUUAGCACAAAAAGAACGUGAGAAAGAACAAGAAAAAGAAAGAGCUUUGGCUGCUAAACAAGCGGAAAAAAAUAAACAGAAACGACAGAUACAGGCGCUGUCAUUUAAUUUAGAGGAGGAUGAAGAUGAAGAUCAAGUGUCUGAUGUUGAUGAUGAUCGCAAUGACUCUGAUGUUAAGACGGUUGAGAAAUCAGACGAUGAUUCUAAAGAUUCUAUUCAGCCUGUCAAGAAGAUCAAAAAGAAUCCAGAUGUUGAUACAAGUUUUUUGCCAGAUAGAGAAAGAGAAGAAGAGGAAAAUCGGUUGCGAGAAGAACUGAGACAGGAAUGGGCUAUGAAACAAAAUGCUUUGAAAGAAGAAGAGAUUGAAAUUACUUUCAGUUAUUGGGAUGGAUCCGGACAUCGGAGAAGUGUUAUUAUGAAAAAAGGGAAUUCAAUAUAUCAAUUAUUACAACGUUGUCUGGAGGUAUUGAGACGUGAGUUCAGUGAAUUAAAAACUGUGAUGGCAGAUCAAUUGAUGUAUGUUAAAGAAGAUUUGAUUCUUCCUCAUCAUUACACGUUUUAUGAUUUUAUUGUUACGAAGGCACGCGGAAAAAGUGGACCUUUAUUCACAUUUGAUGUCCAUGAUGACAUUCGUAUGCUGCAUGAUGCAUCUGUGGAAACAGAAGAGUCACACGCUGGAAAAGUUUUAUUGAGAUCUUGGUACGAAAGAAAUAAACAUAUUUUCCCAGCAAGCAGAUGGGAACCGUUUGACCCGACAAAGAGUUAUGACAAGUAUACGAUCUCUGAUAAAAAUAAAAAGAAAGAUAAAUCAUAAUUUAUGGAUUUUCUGAUGGUGACAAGCUAGAUCCAAUUGUUGAACUUUUUACAACACGAUUCGGUGUCAUGACAAAUGAUUUAUAAUAUUUUUCAAUUAUUUUUUGAACUUCGUCAUGGCGAUUUUGUGAUAUCAACCAUCUCGGUGAUUCUGGUAUAAACCUAAUAAUAGAAAUAAAAAUUAAUUUUCAUCAAAAAUCGCUGUAUAAAAAUAUUUUUAUAAAAUAUAAUUACCAAAUCAAGAUAACGAUCGGCAAAAUAAAACCUGAUAUUGCUAAUUGCAAUAUUCGCCAAUUAGAUAUAUAAUGGGCCAUAACGACAACAAUAAAAGUACCAAUGGAAAAUAUACUGUCAAGAAUAGCUAACAAAAACUUUCUUGUAUUAUUUUUUGACAAUUCCGAUACUAUGAAUAUUAAUAUUUUAAUCAAACAAAGACAAUUAUUUUAUUAAAAUUUGAUGGUAAUAAUUAUUUCUUACAAAUAGUAUAUGCAGAGGAAUACAUUGCACCCAUGCUCAUUCCUGUUGAAAAUCUAGAAACAACAUAGACCCAAAACCAUGGUGCUAAAGAGC